CGGACGUUGACCUUUUAAUAUUGAGUUCGUGUUAGAUUUCCGAACGCAGCAGUGCUUGCCCAACGAAAAUGGCGGAUUGUAUAGUGUCGAAGUAGCACUGCGUCGCUUGAUAUCAGUUUCACGAAAAUAUCGUGUUUUUAUGUGAAAAUGUGAUAAUCAUGAAUUAAAACCUGUAGUGAAGUGUUUUGUAUGUGUGUUUCAAGAUGAGCCGGACAGAGAUGUGCCGUUUUGGUGUCGGAAACUGGAUUUUUUUACUGGCCUGUAUCAAUUUGUUUACCCAUACCCAAGGUGGCGACAAAGACAGCAUGUUCAAGUUAACAUCAGAGCCGGUGGACGGCGUGGUGGGCGAGGGCGAGCGGUGGGUGCUGGCGUGCGCCGCGCCCGCGCAGGCCCGCCUCGCGUGGCGGCACAGCGCCACCGCCGCGCCGACGCGGGACCAUACUAUAUCGCACACCGAUAGCUAUAGAAAGCAGUUGUCAAACGGGUCUCUGGUCAUCGAAAGCAUGACAGCGGCUUUAGCCGGCCAGUACCAGUGCGUGGCGACGGUGGACGGGGUCGGCACUGUGGUGUCGAGGGUGGCAACGCUGUAUCUAGCUGAGAUACCAGAGCUGGUGGAGGGACCGCGCGUCGUGUCGACGGUGCUGGGCGCGAGCGCGCUGCUCCCGUGCGGCAUGAAGCUGGCGCCGCGCGUGGCCGUGCGGGUGCUGCCGGCGCCGGCCAGCGCCGCGCCGCCCGAGCGCCGGGUGUACGGCACUGCGAGACUGUACGCGCAGCCGCCGGUUUUGAAGCUAAAUGUGACGUGGCUGAAGAACGGGCAGCCGGUGCGGCUGGAGGCGGCGCGCGUGUCGCUGACGCCGAGCGGCGCGCUCGAGCUGGAGCCGGCGCGCGCGCACGACGCGGCGCUGUACCGCUGCCGCGUGGCGCUCGCCGGCCGCGGCGCGCGGGACGCCAGAAUGGGAGCAGAGAUAGAACUGCGCGUGAACAGCGAGAUAGCGAACCUGGAGGCGGCUCCGCGGUUCAUCGCCACCCCUCAGCCGGUCACCGUGAUGGAGGGGGCGUCCGUGACGUUCGACUGCGCAGCCAUCGGCAACCCGAAACCUGAGAUGAUUUGGCUAAAUAACGGAGUCGCUAUAGACCUCAACGACCUGGACUCGCGCUUCUACCUGGUGGGCGGCGGGUCGCUGCGCGUGCAGGCGGCGCGCGCGCUGGACGCGGGCACCUACACGUGCCGCGCGCACAACCGCCUCGACUCCGCCGACCACUCCACGCAGCUGCACGUCAUGAGCGUUCCCCGAGUAACGUUACCAGAGGGCGAUAUGGUGCGCGCGCGAAGGCGUGGCGACUCGCGCUUGGCCUGCGAGGUUAAGGGCAAACCGCCGCCCAGGGUCACGUGGCUGAAGGACGGGGAACCCUUGUCGCCAAAUAACCACGAUAUAGCUAUGGUUGAUGGCAGCUCCCUGCGCAUCCAGGGCGUGCUGCCGGAGGACGCAGGCGUGUUCCAGUGCUUCGCCUCCUCACCGGCCGGCACCAGCACGGCCGCGCUGCGUCUCUUGGUGUUGCCAGAGAAUGCCCCCGACCCCCCAAGCACACCACAUGACAUUUUUAACAGCCUUCUAACUUCAGACCUAGAUUUAGAUCCUACAGAAGAUCUUGAUCUAGGUGAAACGUCAUCUGCGUAUACAUCAGAGCCCGAUUUAGAGUACGACGAUUAUUUAAAUUCAAAUGACUUGUUUCACGCUGCUCAAGGAAUGGAUAGUGAGGUUGAAGGCAACGCGAGUGUGGUCUCUGCGCCUAUAAACUUAAGGGCGGUUAUUGUAAAGCACAGAUUCGUGACAUUGAGCUGGGAAGAGCCGGAGCAUAAGAUUGAGGAAAUAACUGGAUACGCUGUGUUCUAUAAGGUCAAAGGGAGUGAGCGUGAGCGCGUGUCCCGCGGCGCUGGCUCGAGGCACGAGAUGAACAUCCCAUCGCUGCAACCCGACACACCCUACGAGUUCACCGCGCGAGCCUACACGCAGAACGCAGUGUCUCCGCCCACUGCGGCGUUGGAAGUGAAGACGCCGGCGGAGGAGCUGCUGUACGGGCCCCCGGUGGACGUGCGCGUGGAGGCCACGGGGCCCCACUCGGUGAAGGUGAGCUGGUCGCCGCCGGCGGACGCAGCCACGCCGCCGAGCAAGUAUGCGGUGUAUUAUACUGAGGUGGAGAGCGGGCGCGAGCAGAGCGAGUGGUGCGGCGCGGGCGCGGGGGCGGGGGCGGGCUCGUGCGCGCUGGGCGGGCUGCGCGCGGGCGGGCGCUACCGCGUGCGCGUGGCGGCGGCGGGCGGCGCCGCGUCCGCCGAGCGGCCCGUGCGCACGCCCGCCGCGCCGCCCGCCGCGCCGCCGCGCAACCUCACCGCGCUGCCCGCCUCGCACACCUCAAUCCAAGUGCGUUGGGAGGCUCCCCCCGCCCGCACGCACGGUGGGCCCCUCACCGGGUACAAAAUACGCUAUCGCCUCGUGAGCGGGGGCGCCCCGGCCGGCCCGGGCGGGGCCAGCAGCGCGCCCGGUGGGGCCAGCGGGGCCAGCGGGGCCAACCGGAGACGGGCUGAUUCCUUGACCACGCCCGCGGAUGCGAGACGAGCGGAUCUCACCAAUCUGGAACCAUCCGCUACUUAUCAGAUCCGCAUAUGCGCGCUGAACGCGAACGGCUCGGGCCCGUUCAGCGAGUGGGUGAGCGCCGCGACGGCGGGGCAGCCGCGCGCCGACACCGCCGUGCCCGCGCUGCCGCCGCCGCUCACCGCCCGCGCCGGGCGCGACUGGAUCUCGGUGUGGUGGGGCGCGGCGGGCGAGGGCGGCAGCGCGGCGCGCGGCUGGUGGCUGGGCUGGGGGCUCGGCGUGCCCGACGACCACUCGCGGGAGCUGCCCGUGCACAGGACCUCCUACGUCAUACGCGGCCUUGAAUCAAACUCCGAGUACGUGAUAUCCCUCCGCGCCAGCAACGCGCUGGGCUUAGGUCCAGCUGUGUACGCGACCGUCCGCACCAGGACGUCGUCGCCGGACGACGAACCGGACGAACCGGACGAAGCGGACACCGAUGAACCGGAUGAGACCGACGAGACGGAGGACACACCGCCGCUGAUACCGCCCGUCGGACUUAAGGUUAUAAUGCUGAGUGGUACGACCGCAGUUGUUUACUGGACAGAUCCAACGUUACCCAAAGGACAGCUGGCGACGGACGGGCGGCGGUACGUGGUGCGCUGGGCGGCGGGCGGGCGCGUGCGCACGUACAACGUCACCGACCUCAACUGCAUGCUGGACGACUUGCGGCCCUACACCACGUACGAGUUUGCGGUCAAGCUCAUUAAGGGCGGGCGCUCGUCGGCGUGGUCGAUGCUGGCGAGCAACACGACGCUGGAGGCGGCGCCCGGCUCCGCGCCGCGCGAGCUGCGCGCCGCGCCCGCCGCGCCCGCCGCGCGCGCCGCCGACCUCGCCUGGGCGCCGCCCGCCCGCCCCAACGGCAGGAUCACCGGCUACGUGAUAAUGUACGCGGUCCAGCGUCCAACGACCGGCGCGGCGGAGGAGUGGACCGCGGUCACGGUCGUCGGCGACCGGACCAGGACGCGCGUGGAUCGGCUGCGCGCCAGGACCACGUACAGCUUCAAGAUACAGGCGCGGAACAGCAAGGGCUUGGGUCCUUUUAGCCCCGUCAUCACUUAUACUACGGGACUUGAGAGCGGCGAGGGCGCCGGGCUCGCGUCGGCCACGUCGGCGUGGCUGUGGGCCAGCGCGGGCGGCGCGUGCGCCGUGCUCGCGCUCGCGGCCGCGCUCGCGCUCUCGCUCUGCUGCCGCCGCGCGCAGCCGCCGCUCUCGCCGGACACCAGCACGUACCAGAAGGCGUCAGCGUCGGCCGGCAUCAAGCCGCCGGACCUCUGGAUACACCACGACCAAAUGGAGCUGAAGCACAUGGACAAGAGCUUGCACAGCUCUGCCAGUAAGAUCUCGGCGGGCAGCGCGGAGGCGGCGCUGGGCGGCGCGGGGCUGCUGGGGGGCGGCGCGGGGCUGGCGGGCGGCGCGGGGCUGCGCGCGCCGCCCGCCGAGUACGAGCCGGCACGCGCCGCGCCCGCCUCGCUCGACCGCCGCUACGUGCCCACGUAUGUCGAGUCUCGCACGCCAUCUUGCGCGGGCUCGGGCGGUUCCGACGCGUGUCGAACGCCGCUUUGCAACCGCUGCGACCUGCCCGAUUAUAUGCCGCAGUCUUAUUUAGCCAUGACAGGAAUGGGAGUGGGCGUGGGGGUCGGAAUGGGCGUGGGCUGCACGUCAACGUGUGAGAGGCGGAGGCAUAUGCCCGAUCAGAGCACGCCGCUGCUGAGCGGGGUGGCGCCGCUGAGCUCGGCGCAGUCCUCCCUCGCGUCGCUGCACGCGCCGCCCGCGCCCUGCGGCGCGAGCUCGUGCCCGCUGAGCGCGUGCGCGGGCGCCGACGUGUACGCGACCGCGCUCAGCGCGCGCGAGCGCGGACACUACGUCGCCUACGAGCCGCUCGGACACUACACGCACCGCGACUCGCUGAGCAGCGAGGCCGGCACGGGCCCGGGCGGCGGCGUCGGUGCGGGCGGUAGCGUCGGUGCGGGCGGUAGCGUCGGGACGAGCGCGGGCGGCUCGCUGCAGCGCCGCGCGCACGCCGCCGGCCUGCACAGCUUCGCGCUCGACAACGCGUCCGACCACAGCACGCCCUCGCACUCCAAGGCGGGCAGCGUGCGGGAGACGUCCCCGUACAAGAAGAGCGCGAGCUCCUCCCCCGGACACAUACCGAAUAGAUUGCAGCUGGGCGGCGCGCUGGCGCACAGCGGCGCCGAGCUGGAGCCGCUCACGCCGUCGCGCUCCACCGAGCGGCUGCACCGCGACAUGCAGAACCUCGAGGGGCUCAUGAAGGACCUCUCCGCCAUCACGCAGCAGCAGUUCCACUGCUAGCCCCGCCCCCUCCGCCUCCC